AUGGACAAAGGCUUUCGAGAUGACGUCGUGGACGAACUGGAUAAGUUGGAACAGCAACACAUACUGCCACCAACCCAGCAGUCCGAAUGGACCAUACCUGUGCUCGUCGUCCAGAAGAAAAAUGGCUCCCAAAGGGCAUUUGAGAGUUCCACUCCGCACAGUGUGGAAAGCAUGUCAUCCCAAGCACUGAGGGAUGCUUACAAAGAACAGUUUCGUGCACGGACAUAUGUGGAUUCAUAUUUUACUGGGGAAAUUUCUUUUUUCCAACUGGAAGAAACGCAUCGUCUUUUUCAAUCGGAUCUGAUUCAGGGCGAGACUAUCUUGGAAGUGGGCAGCGGCCCGAUGAUAGUGAACUCGCUCAUGAUCUCCAGUCGGUUCAAGCACAUCGUGCUGAGUGACUUGGUCGAAGAGAACAAGCUGGAACUAAACAAGUGGAUCAACAGGGAUGUAGAUGCCAUUGACUGGAGCCUCUCUGCAGGGCAGAUUGCUGCCAUUGAAGGCUAUGGCGACAUCAAGAAGGGGGCGAUGGAAAUAUUGGAGCGCACACGCGCGGCCAUACGCAAGGUGGUAUCCUGCGAUGUGGUGGAGCCUGCAGUGCUCCCGGUGGAACAUAAGGAAACCUUCGACGUCGUUCUUUCCUGCGGAUGCCUGGAAUCGGCAGCAGCCGAGCACGAAUCAUAUCGAAGGGUGGUUUGCAACGUGGCAACAGUCGUGAAACCUGGCGGUCUGCUUGUUAUUUUGGGUGUGGGUGGUUUAAAACAGUAUUCCGUGGGAACCGCUGAUUUUACUCUCGCGAACAUCACAGGAAAUGUAGUGAACGAAGCCGUGACAGAUGCUGGCCUCCAGAUAGAUCUAUACCGACCCCGAAAAAUUGGGCGUUUCUCGGGAAGUUCAGACGUAUUCACGUUUUACCUAGUGGCCCGCAAGGCAUGA